UUGGAUUUAAGUUUUGCAAGUUACAUUCUAUCUCGCGGUUUUUUUUAUGUUCAAGUAAUUAUUAGUAAUAGUACAGCGUCGUAGUAAAAGAAGAGUGAAACUGAAGAGAGGUUGAAUAUGGGUCGCUACAGGAGUCGUAGUCGUGAUAGAGAUAGGAGACGUAGAUCUCGCUCUAGAUCUCGUAGCAGAUCGCCAAGAGAAAGAAGAAGUUGGGGAGGUAGCGGGGGUCGGGAUCGAGGCGGUGGCAGGAAUAGUCGUGGACAACCUGGAGCAAAUUUAAGAAAGCCUCGGUGGGAUCUAAGUCGAUUAGAGCCUUUUAAAAAAGAUUUUUAUGUACCGCAUGAAGCUGUUCAAAAUCGAGAUCCACGUAUAGUCGAACAAUAUAGAAGUGAAAAAGAAAUUACUCUGAAAGGAAAAAAUAUACCUAAUCCUGUAUUUACAUUUGAAGAAACAGGGUUUCCUGACUAUGUUCUUAAGGAAAUUAAACGACAAGGUUUUACAGAACCUACAUCAAUACAGGCACAAGGUUGGCCAAUUGCUUUAAGUGGAAGGGAUAUGGUUGGAAUUGCAUCAACUGGUUCUGGAAAAACAUUGUCUUAUAUAUUGCCUGCAAUUGUUCACAUUAAUAGUCAACCUAAAUUAGGUAGAAAAGAUGGACCUAUUGCAUUAGUAUUAGCUCCUACUCGAGAGCUUGCACAACAAAUUCAGCAAGUUGCUGAUGAUUUUGGUCAUUCAUCAGGCAUUAGAAACACUUGCCUGUAUGGUGGAGCACCAAAAGGUGCACAAGCCAGAGAUUUAGAUGGUGGUGUUGAGAUAGUUAUAGCUACACCCGGUAGAUUAUUAGAUUUUCUUGAAUCAGGCCGUACAAAUUUAAAAAGGUGUACCUAUUUGGUACUAGAUGAAGCAGACAGAAUGUUAGAUAUGGGGUUUGAACCUCAAAUUAGAAAAAUUAUUGAGCAAAUUAGGCCAGAUAGGCAGACAUUAAUGUGGUCUGCCACAUGGCCUAAAGAAGUAAAAAAUUUAGCCGAAGAUUUUUUAAAGGAUUAUGCUCAAAUUAAUGUUGGAUCUUUACAAUUAGCGGCAAAUCAUAAUAUAUUACAAAUCAUCGAUGUAUGCCAAGAUUAUGAGAAAGAAAACAAAUUAAGUACACUUCUAAAAGAAAUAAUGGCAGAAAGUGAAAACAAAACAAUAGUAUUUAUCGAAACAAAACGCAGAGUAGAUGAAAUAACUAGAAAAAUGAAGAGAGAUGGUUGGCCAGCUGUUUGUAUACACGGUGACAAGACACAGCAAGAAAGGGAUUGGGUUUUACAAGAUUUUAGAUCAGGAAAAGCGCCAAUUCUUGUUGCAACAGAUGUAGCUGCUCGUGGUCUUGACGUUGAAGACGUCAAGUUUGUUAUCAAUUUUGACUAUCCCUCCUGUUCGGAGGAUUACGUUCAUCGAAUUGGUCGAACAGGUCGUCGGCAAAAAACUGGUACAGCAUACACCUUUUUUACACCGAAUAAUUCUAAUAAGGCUAAUGACCUAAUCCAGGUAUUAAAAGAAGCGAAUCAAGUUAUAAACCCAAAAUUACUGGAGCUUGCCGAUAAUAAAGGUGGCGGAUAUGGGAGGCACAGAGGCGGAAGAAAUCGAUGGCGACCCCGAGGUGGUCGCAACGGAAAGGAUCGUAGUUACUCAAGAAGCAGAAGCCGAAGUCAUAGUAGGGAACACAAUGGUCGUGGGAACCGCAGAAGCUACAGUCGAAGUUAUUCUCGAAGUCGUAGCCCUGUUAGCAAUCGUACAGAGGUUAUCGGUAAGAGUUAUUGGAGCAGUGAAAGAUGAUCUUCCAACAGCGGUUAAGGACCAAAUUAUUAUACAAAUCAUGUCUUUUUUAUGUCUCUUUUAAAGUACACUCAAUACACGUCAUACAAAUUGUAAUAUUGGUGUUCCAUUAACGUCAACGUUAAACACGAUGAAGUAUGUACAAUUCUUGUGCAUUAUAGUUAAUUAUUUUAACACUAAGAUUAAGGGUUUCCAGCGCGAGCAUACAUUUAAUUUCAUAAAUGUUAUUGAAUAACAAAAUUAGUUGACUACAGCGUUGUGGAUCGUAGCGUGUUAAUUUCGAGAAAUAGUUUACGAAUAUAUUAGUUGAUCUAUAAAAUCAAAAGUAUAAUUUUUAAACAAGAACUCCUCGAUUUAAAUGCAAAGUAUGCAGUGUUUCGUAUCCAAUGUUCUGCGAUAUUUCUACAUUCAAAGAAUUUUGCUUUAGUUAUACUAAGCUUCGAUAUCAUAAAUAUAGCGUAAGAGUGCCGGAUGUUAUAUUUACAUACAGUAUCACGUACAUAUUUUAUAAUGACAUUGCAAUGUUCGAUAACACGAAUUAAGUUCUUCUAAGUGGCCGUGUGAAUGUAGUUAGGAGAUAAAUCACCUAAAAUCUACAUUAAGUUUAAAAAAAAAAUGUCUCGUUAUUUGUAGCUUACAGUAACACGUAGACGUCUAGAGUUU